GACUAUCUAUAUCAUACGUCCUAGGUGCAUGUUUACUUCCUCGUGACGUAACACGUAAUACGUGCACUGAUACCGGAAGAGCCGAGAAAGAAACAUUAACGCGAAUGAAUCGUGUUUGUUGGACUUUUUAAAGACAUCAGUAACUGGAAAUAUCUGGGCAGCAUGGCAGUUGACUGGCUCGGCUUUGGCUAUGCAGCUACUAUUUUAUUCGGAGGCUUUAUGGGAUAUAAGAGAAAAGGAAGCUUGAUGUCACUAAUUGCGGGAUUAUUUUUUGGUGGCAUAUCUGCAUACGGGGCCUUUAGGAUAACUCUUGACCCACAAGACAAAUGGACCUCGCUUGCUGCUUCUGGUGCUCUGGCAGUUGUGAUGGGAAUAAGAUUCAAGAAAUCUGGGAAAUUAAUGCCUGCAGGUAUUAUGGCUGGAUUAAGCCUCAUGAUGGUCAUCCGACUGCUGAUCCUCUGAACAUGGCCAGGACAUGAAGCUUAUUCAACUACAGCUUUCCUGGCAAUAUUCUUAUAUACACACACUGCACUGCAUCAGCCCCCUCACUAAUUAUGCACUUAUUGAAUCAUCACACUUCAUGUAAUCAUGUCAGUUAUUUUGAACACUCAUCUUGUACAUUCCAAAUAAAGCUUUUGUUUUUUUUAAAA